UCGUUGAAAUAACAAAUUUUCCAAUUUAUUUCUUGAGUUAUUUUCACGCCAAUUUCUUGGCUUUCGCGUCCGCCUUUGCCUUUGCCUCUAUCUCCGAUUCCGUGUCCGCCUUUGCCUCUGUCUCCGAUUCCGUGUCCGCCUUCGCCAGUGCCACUCUUUGGCUUGACAUUUGUUUAUUUAUUUGGUUUCAUGUUUUGUCUUUUGCCAUUCCUCUUCAUUGUUUGGUGCAACUUUGUUCUCUUUCCUCUCUGAGGCGGGAUGGGGGCACUCUCCCCCGUGUUGUCCCGGCCAUGACGCCAUGAAUAUUCAUGGAGCAGCAACAGCAGCUAACUCGGCCUGCAUUUACGCAGAACCCUAAGGGAACGAGUCCCCUUGUAUCUUCAGGACUUGAGGAAUCUCUGGAUACUGCAGCGAACAAUGGCCUCCCCUUCGUUCUGCUUGGGCCACGACUUUUCCUGCUCCUCCAUAAGGAUGUUGGCAUGGGGCUCUGUUUGUUUCUUACAACAAGAUGCUGCUGCUGCUGCAAAUUGUUGGGCUGUGCUUGUCGCCAGCAGUAAACAUUUUGCGGUUGCAUGUGCAACAGUUUCUCCCAUCGAACGGGAAAUUCAAUUAAAUGCACUGUGACACUGACCACGACACCAUCCCCUGAAGGGACCGCCCCGACGGCUUGUUAUCUAAUUUCAUUAUUAUUCACUAUUAUCCGAUUUUAUUACUUCUAUUAUUAUUAGUAUUACCAAGACAAACAACAAUGAAUCCUUAUUUUCACCCAUUAAAGUAAGAAAUAGGCUAAGAAACCCCAAAACAGUAGGCCUUUUUACUUAUUAGAACUAAGAGAACCAACACGUAAGAGAGACGCACACUACGGCCACGCAGCGAAGAGAGACGCACACCACGGCUAUACGAAGGAAAAGAGAACCAACACGAAAGAGAUACGCUCUCACGCCCACGCAGCCAACGCAAGGAAGAGAACGGCUAUACGCAGACGAAAAGAGACAACAUGAAAGAGAGCGAAGCGGCAGAGAAGCCGCCGAUCGGUUUUACGCCCACGCAGCCGAGGAAAAGAGCCGACGGCGAAGCAGGCAAUACACACACGCAGCCAUACACCCACGCAGCCGAGGCCGGCAGCCGAAGGCGGCGCAGCAGCGAAGAGGCAGAGAAGCUGCGAAAAAGAAAAGCCGAGGCCUGGCACGGUCUAGGGCGAGCCAAGCUCGGGAGUGAUCUCCGAGGGCUGAGCCAGACCGGUUGUGCGGCGGAAGCCAAAAUAGAUGUGAAAAGUAAGCCGGGACCGCGCCGUGUGAAAAACUAGCCGUGACCGCGCCGUGUACACAAUAAGCCGUGUUCGCCCGCACGCGGUGAAUAAAACCAGCUGUGACCGCACCCACGCGGUGUGCAAAGGAAGCCACCGAACCCAAAGAAGGGAAACAAGGAUCCGACAUGGACAACCCAAGGACGAGCGACGCACAGCCUCUAGAGGCAGAGGAUGGCACGGAGGAGCAUCCUAGGGGUGCGUCGCCGCCCAGCUCAAGGCAACCACGGUCCACGACCAGCCAACCACAAGCAAGACACCACUCUCCGACCCCGCAAGCAGAACCGGGCAACACCACGCAGCAUGGACCAUCAACAGGAGCCGUACCACGACCACCCAGGCCACCUAGGCCAUCCCGACGUCGGGCCCGCCCCGAAGGCCCACCGUCGCCCCGCCGGGCGACAACCAUGACCUGGGCAUGGCUCAACGACGUCGUCCAUCCGAACACGUCACGAAACAACCUGUCUGGGAUCAUCACAGUGGAGGCGAUGCGGCCAUCGGACUCAGACGAGGAGGUCCGGGCAGGCCGGGCCCAGCAGGAGCCACCAAGACGCCCACGCCGCCGCAAGCAUCCAGGCCAAGGAACAGGCACCGCCGUCACCCCACGCGCGACUCGAAGACGCGUCGAGGGGCAGAGCAGCUCCCCAGUCGCGCACAAACUGCGGCUGCGGUCCCCACCACCACCGCCCUAGUACCUGUACCGCAUGGGAGACCCGCUGACCCCACGGCCGAACUACGACAGCAGCUCCGACGAAGGGUUCACCAGCCCGACGAUGGAGGCCGACAAGCACUGGGAGCCGACCUGCCAGGCAAGCACCGAUGAAGAGUUCUUGCACGAAAGCGGAAAAGCGGGUGGCCGCCCAUGGGUCAAGCACUCCGUCCGGGAGCUAAACCGCCAACUGGAGGCCGAGCGGGCCACGACGGGCCCAUACUCGGACGUGAGCGAGUACGAAGAUGGGCCGGCCAACUGCCAGAAGAACACUCCAGCCAACAUCGCGGUUGAC